UAAAAAAAAAGAAGGGUAAAAACACUUCCGGUGUGGAGUUUUGAAUUUUCGUUGGUUGCUUUCAGUAGCUGUCCGAAACGUGGGCACAAAGCAAAAGUUCUCAUCAUCAUCUUCAAAGAGAAGAUAGACAGAGAAAAGUACCAUGGAUGACGACAAUCACAGAUUAUUUCAAAGAGUUUCACAGAAACUGGGCUGGUCAGAGAAGGGAGGGUUGAAAACAGCAGAAGAACAGCUGAUUAAGAGCAUCAGUAAGACUCGGCGUCCGGCCACAGGCGAUCACUUCUCCAGGGGUGUUCAAGACCUUCCUCCCCGAGUCCGGCAACAUCUGCCAGACAGUGAGGAAGAGGAUGACGGAGGCUCAGGGAAAGAGAACCAGGUCUCCAAGGGCAACAGUUACAGGACCAAGGUGUUGAUAGAGUCCAGCGAUGAUGAUUUCGACCAGUUUCUUGUGGAGCAGGCUACACCCAAAGCAGCUUCUCGGAAACAUUGCAGUGCUGCUAACAAAGUCAGUGAACCAGUCCUUGUAUUAAGCUCAGACAGUGAUGGCGGCUUUGAAAACUUCCUGAGCCGUGUGAAAACUCCCAAGCCGAAGCCCAAGGAAGCGGAAUGUGGCAGUGUAGACAGCCUCAGAAACUUUAUUGUCGACAGCUCUUCCUCCGACGAUGACUUUGUCCUCAAGAAGAAAAAAACACCUACCGCCAAAGGUACCUCUAACACCCCUAAGCCGUCAUGCUCCCAGCUCCCAGUCAGAAGACCCCUGUCCCAGUGUGACUCCCCAGUUUUCCUCAGCGACAGUGAAGAUGAUGGUAUCUUAAUGAAGAGCACGUGGAGGACGCACCACCCUGUGCGCCAUCCGCCCACGUCUCGGACACACAAGGUCAAAGUUCCACAAAGUAACCAGGAGGACAUCUUCUUUCCCUCGCCCUCCCAUCCUUCUCUGUCCUCUCCUCUCCCCUCUUCCACCCCGGCCCCCCUUCCACAGCGGACUCACUCAGCCCCGUUGAAGCUGGAGGACUCAGCCAGCUCAGAGGAGGAGUUCCUCAGCUUACUGGACAGAAUUAAGAAGAACCACAAGACUGGCAACACCCCAACACCUAAACAUGACACAGGGCCCAAUCAGAAGCCCCCCCUGUCAGCUCCAAGGCCCAAAGCCUCGAAAGAGGCCGGCCCUCGGCCGGUAGGGAGAACACCAUUGGUUCUGAAGACUCCAGCGAGGCUGCUUGUCUCUAAACCCACAGAGACCAGACUUCAGACCAGCAGCCUUUCCUUCUCCAGUGUAUCAGCAGGGUGUCAGACUCCUGGUUGUUUCUCUCCUCAGUGUAUCAGCAGGGUGUCAGACUCCUGGGUGUUUCUCUCCUCAGUGUAUCAGCAGGGUGUCAGACUCCUGGGUCUUUCUCUCCUCAGUGUAUCAGCAGGGUGUCAGACUCCUGGUUGUUUUCUCCAGUCUCUGUCUGGACCAGGCUCCAGCUACAGCCGCAACUUCAAACAGACCAAGGAGGAGCUCACCAGCAAACUGUAUCGCCUGUACAACACCAGCGUGUUCGACAACAAGCUGCCCAGUAACAUGUCAGUGAGCUGGAAUAACAAGAUGAGAAAGACUGCUGGCUACUGCGUCACAGGGCAGGAGAGAGGAGGAGGGAACCGAUACGCCCGUAUCCAACUCUCGGAGAAAGUCUGUGACUCUGCAGACCGCCUGCGGGACACAUUGGUUCAUGAGAUGUGCCACGCUGCCACCUGGUUGAUCAACAGUGUGAGGGAUGGGCACGGCCCCUUCUGGAAGCUGUACGCCCGCAAGGCCACGCUGGCACACCCCGAGCUGCCCAUGGUCACCCGCUGCCACAGCUACGACAUUAACUACAAGUACCAGUACCAGUGCAGCUGCUGCAAAAACACACUCGGUCGCCACUCUAAGUCUCUGGACACCCAGAGGUUUGUGUGUGCCGUCUGUACGGGUCAGCUGGUCCUGCUCAACCCCUCCAAGCCCCGGGCACCCACGCCCUUCGCCAACUUCGUCAAGGAGAACUAUGGCAGUGUUCGCCAAAACCUGGUGGGUCAGAGCCACGGUGAGGUAAUGAGGAAACUCAGUGUUGACUUCGCCACCAAGACCAAGCUCAGCCAGAACUGAGAGGGAGAGAGAGAGGGAUCAGCUGUCCCUAUAUUUCACUGUAUCCUUGGCUUGAAGAAUUUCACUGGUCUCACAUUAUUUGAUAGGUGUGAAAGAGAUGAGGUGGAUUCAUUCUGAGGCAGUUGGAGGGCGUGGUUGCAUGGACCUGGAUUAGCCCUACACUGCUCUUGUCUCAGACUAUAAAGCCCUCAGGAUCUUAAUAAUAAGACAUGUUUUUUGUUCAGGAGUAGCCGUAAAAACCCUCGCUGAACAUGCAUUCUCCUGUUAAUUCCUUGACGGUUUCCACUGCUCUGAUUUGAAGCCAUGAUGGGAUCCUUCUCUUUCAACCAUCCUAAUGUGUAAGAUUAGUGGGAUCUUCAAGUUGAUAGGUCUUAAAUACCUCUGUGGUUAUAUCAGGUUUUCAGAGGCAGCUAUGGUGAGUCUGUCAUUCCUUACCUCUAACUGGAGUCUCACCAUUACAGUGAAGUGUUGCUAAGAGACACAC